AUGGCGUCGGGCUGGAUCGAGCUUACCACAUCUGGAGGACCGAAGGAUGUAAUGAUUAGGACUGAUAUCGUGAGUCAUUUCGAGGACGUUAGAAGAUCCUGGGGUCCCCCUCAUCAGGGAAUAUCAGCAUCUCUGGCGAGGAUCUGA